AUGAGAUACUGUAGCUUAACCCAGCUUGUGAAUGGGAGAGGCGUGACCAUCCAGCCACUUAAAAGUGAUUAUGGGGUCCAGCUGGUUGAAGAGGGUGCUGAUACUUUUCAAGCAAAAGUUAAAAUUGAAGUGCAGAUUGCUUCAGAAUUAGCUGAAAAAAACAGCGGUGUUGUUAUUACAGCCUUCUAUGACCCACGAAGUCUAGAAAUUCUGUGCAAGCCCGUUCCGUUCUUUCUGCGGGGACAACCCAUUCCUAAAAGGAUGCUCCCUCAGGAGAAGUUGGUGUCCUACUACAACAAUGCAAGAAACCGGGGCUACCUGGCUGACCCUGCCAAGUUUACUGAAGCAAGACUUGAACUCGCCAUGAACUAUGGCUACGUGCUUCCCGACAUCAUGAAUGAUAAGCUUUUCAGGAUGCUCAGCACACGGAAGGACCCGAGGCAGAUUUUCUUUGGGCUUGCCCCUGGUUGGGUAGUGAAUAUGGCAGAUAAGAAAAUUCUAAAGCCUACAGAUGAGGACCUCCUCAAGUACAGCUCCUGA